CAGCGACAGAGGAAGAGUCGUCUUGAGAUUUAAACGCUGAUGGAGUGAAAAUUAAUUUUUGUAUCAAACGGUGAGCUGUUUUCAUACCAAGUUGUCUUUAUUCGCAGACAGCCGUGGAAUGUUUGCUGUGUAUUGCUAGAUUUUAUACAGACUAUAGUAAGAUCUGCCUUCGGCUGUCACGAACAGAUGUAUACUCUGAGUCUGAUUGUAAAGUAACUGUUAUGUGCUGUGCUUAAAGAACUGUCAAGGCUUGUGUGGUAGGAGUAGAAUUUAUUUACUAUCUUCUUCACCAAGAGAAAUUCUUUAUAUUUUUCGAUGUAUAUAUCAGACAAAUAUUGAAUAUUGAUAUUAACAUAGGACUUACAAAUCGUGCAAUUAUGUCAUAUUCAGCAUAUCCAAUACUAAAAACUUCAGUCCAUUAUUAUUUGUAUGCGGUCUCGGUAGUUUGGACCCCAAAGUCAAUUCAACUUUAUUAUAGUGCACACUUAAAACUUUGUAUUGCGGUAGUGAUUGCUUUAUAUAGCAGUGCAUUUUGGUGGUCACUAGAAACUUGGCUGUUGUAGAAUAGUAGUGUGGAAAGCCUUUUCUUUUUUCCCUAUUUUUAUAAUUAUCCUCAACUGUUCUAGAAACAUUGUUCUCAAGAUUGUUGGUUAAAUCACAUGAUGUCAGCUUGCUUAAAUGGAUGGACUUGCUCUUGGCUGCAAGCCUACAGUAUAACGUUUUCUGAAUUAAAUGGAAACAGUUUGAUUGUGUAGUCACUUAUAUAAUAUAUACUAGUGUAAACUAGUUUUUUUAAGUGUAAAAAAGGAAAUGGACACACAGCCCAGCUGUACUGGUGACCGAAGGUCUUAAUGGUAUGAACCAAAUGGAAUCCUAUCUAAACUGGUCUGAAGUCCAGAGAUAGAUUAAAAGGGAUCGUGUUGGGUUUAUUUGACAAAAUAUUGCUGUGGCACGACAUCAGGUUAUUGCGGUGUGGAUCUGGGCCAUAACAGCAACAAGAAGAAGAAUUCUCAAAAUGAAUCAAGGGGAACAUCCCAACCAGCAGCACAGGGAACCUGAAACAGGCCCAUCAGAGCCUCAUGGACCAGGAGCAUCAGCUGAUUCUUCUCAUCAGUCUCCUCAACAGACCAAUGAACUACAUGUGCUUCCUCACGGACGACCAUCAGCACCGUAUCCUCCCCCCAGUCUCCCCUCAGUCAGACCACACACCUCACAGAACCACGUGAAUCCAAUUUCUGUGCCACGGCAGUCAGCAUUCAUCCAUCCAAUGCAAGGAGUACCUUUAAGUCACUCCAAGCGGGAACCUAAAGCGUUUCCAGAGGGAGGGGUUAGGCAGUCUAUUCUGGGACAGCCUCCCAUAGGCUCACCUGUAAAAGAUCUCUACAGAAUCUUUUCACCUGGUCGUUGUCCACAUUUAUGUGAAUCUUACAUCAAAAGGGACAGUCCUGUGCAGAUUAUAGACAAAAAGGAAAAUCAUCUUAAAACAGCAGGAAAAAGUAAUCAAGCAGAUUCAGACACGGGAAAAGGUACCACUGGACAAAUUCAUUCUUCAUUUCUGGAAUAUGGAGAGCCUCUUUUGAAAAAGCAGAGAGGUCAGAGGGCAAUUGAGCUGGGGGCGGAGUCUGCAAAUGAAGAUAAACUACAGCAGCCACCAAAAGCAAACUUUGCAAAGAUAUUGGACUGUGAAGAGGGUGAAAACACCAGUGUACUGCUUGAGGACGACAGCGUGGAUCAGGACAGAGCAGCAGGGGUUCAAAGUGUUGGCACCUCACUUAAAGUGACCAUUCAGCGCAGCAGUGAGAGUCGAGCCUUCAGCACUACAUCUGAAGAAACGGAUGUAGAGAAAGAGAAAGGCAAAUUUACCUGCUACGUUUGCAACGUCGCCUGUGCUGACCAGAAAGCGUUUCAGACACACAUGGUCAGUUUGGAUCAUCAGCAGCGUAUGAUGGAAGUCCAGCGUGCAAGUAACACCUGCCUGGCCUCACUGGUACCCCAAAGCCGAGAGUCUCUGCUGGGUACUGACAGGGAGAGGAAGAUGGGCCGCCAGCGCUGGUGUCCUACAUGCCAAUGUCAUUUUUGUGGUGAUCUCAUAGAGCACAGACGAACGACAAAGCACAAGCUGGCCAAGAUCUCCUCAAGACCCUUCUGUACGGUGUGUGAGCGCCAUUUCAGAACUCCUCGAAAGUUUGUGGAGCACAUGAAGUCUCCCGAUCACAAACAGAGGGUUGAGGAGCUCAGAGACGAUGGCGGCCCGGAGGUGAUGGAGGAGUUAAUAACAGUGGAUGCUGUCGGUUGUUUCGAAGGGGAAGAUGAUUAUGAAGAGGACAGAACUGAAGAAGAGAUUCCGGUGCUUGAGAAGGAUGCUGUUCAUAAAGAGAUUAGUCCUGAGGAAGCAACUGGUUGUGAGGUGUAUGAUCCAGAUAUACAGUGCGGCACUAGUUUUGUGGUCCCUGUCGCUGGCUUUCUCUGUAAGCUGUGUCAUAAGUUUUACCACUUUGAGUCUUCAGCACAUGAAACCCACUGCAGGUCUUUUAUGCACUUCCAGAACUUACAGAAGUACAACGCACUAAAAAUGCAGAAGAAACCUCAUAAGGACUCUGAGAGUGAUGUCUCGCGCAGCAGUCCCACGGCGGACUCCCCAGAACUGGAGCUCAUCGCCAUCCAGUCAGAUCUCAACACAUCACGCAUCCGUUACCCAAGAAAGAAAAGGCGAUCUAAAAGACAUCACAAAUCCAAGACGCCAUACUGGAAAAACUCUGUAUCCGUUGACGGGAAACAUUUAGUGUGUUCUUCACACUUCAGCUCGGGGUCAAACCAGGAGUCGUAUAACCAAGAAUGCAAAAAGUCAGGGGUUCAAGUACUGUCCGUAAAGUCAAUUGAAAAAGACAAAAGCUCUUAUGACCCUGAUUAUUUUCCUAAUGAGCACAAAACUGGGAACAUAAUGCACAGUUUGUGCCAUGUUUCGCAGUUAAACCCCAAAGAGAAUGUUUCACAAUCUGUGGAAUUUAAAGAGACAGUCAGCAAAGAUCAAGCAAAACAAACUCCUCAUGUUCAUAAAAGCCCCAUGAGAACGGUGAAGAAUACCUGAAGAAUGCAAUACACUUAAAGCAUUGCAUAAUAGAAAUAAUGUACACAUUAUAUAUUAUUUAUAUAAUGUAUAUUCACAGUAUUUAUAUAUAUAUAUAUUAUUUAUGUUCUCUGCACUGCUAAAUAAAUGCUUUUAAAGCAUG